CGUCGUUGCACCCUUCGAUUGGGUUUACUUAAGACGAGAUUUCCCUUGCUUCUCCGAAGGCAAUUCCCAGUUUUGGAGCGCCUUAACAACGUCUCUUCUCAGUUUGUUCACGCUCAUUUUUCGAGGAGGCCCUCUUUUCGCCAACCGAAAAAGGAGACGAAUUGACGGAGAGGACGCGGGGAAAGGGAACACGGACCCGUUCCAAGACGAAUCGCUCUGUCCGUUCCUUGGGAGAGGGAAGGCGGGGGGGGGCCUUGAAAUUUCUUCCCUUUUCUAUUCAGUUGGCAGUUGGUCCGGAUCCUUUUUCUUGAAACAAGAAACACUGCUCUGGUUAGAAGGUCUAGUGCUUCGACAAAAAGGUUGGGGAGUUGGAAAUUGGCCCAUGAAAUUACUUCGGCACGUCCCACCUGCCUCUGAGUGGAACAAUUUCAACUGUUAAAGGGGAAUCCUAUCCACCCUUCGGCCAAACCAGAGAAGAGCAUCUUUGAAAUUGCCACUUUGAGUUGCUUCCUUUUAGCCUCCCAACCCCACACUCAAGGUUUGAAGAAGAAGAAGAAAAAAGCGAACGAACUCAACGAAUGGCCAUGAUAGAGUGGAUCUACUGUAACAAGAACUGAGAAAUAAAGUUUUGAAUGAAUUAAGGUGUCCCAGUGAAACCCUGAAAGAGCUAAGUCUUCUUUUAGAUGGGAACAUUUUAAUGAACUCUGGCCCAGGCUGUGAUUGUCAAUGGCGUUGGAAUUAAAACCUCUUAGCAUGUGGAAAGUUUGAACAGCGGUAUUUGGUUUUCCCCUUCCAUUAUUCAAAAGGAACAAAGAGACAAAAGGACGGAGGAAGAAGUCUCUCAGAAUCUCAUCAGUCGGAGUGUGCAAUCUUAGCUUAUCCUUGGGAAGCAUGAACCCAGAAGGAAGUUUCUCGGAUGAAAUCAUGAUGGACCCCGAGGACCCCAUGAGUGAUGUCCUCUAUAGUCACGAUUACAAUAUGAACUGGCUCCGGAAUCUGACCGAUGAUCUGGCCAUGGACGAUAUCUCUGUGAUCUUAUCGAUGGUGGGUAACGGGUCUUCCUUGAACCAGACCCUGGCCGAUAUCGAUAAUCUGUUCACGCUCAGCAACGAUUUGUUCUUUCGAGUGAGUCAAGAUAACUCGAACAUGUUCGAAUUCAUCACUGAAGGUGUGCUUCUUACUGCGGUCUCUAUAUUUGGAUUGGUGGGCAAUAUCAUUGCCAUUGUGGUCCUUUCUCGCCCUUCUAUGAAAGGGAGUUUCUCCACAUUGCUUAUAGGCCUCUCCUCAUUCGAUCUAUUGUAUCUGACAAUCGCCAUCGCCAUCUUCGGCCUCCCUGCCGUGUCUCCGUCCUAUUCGAGGACCAUUUAUGUGUAUAUCUUGCCAGUGAGCUUCGGAUUUGGACACAUUGGUCGGGUGGGCUCGGUGUUUGUGACCACGUCCGUGACGAUCGAACGUUAUUUUGCCAUCGUGCAUCCCCUCAAGCAUUUCUCAGCCAAAAAGUUUCUAUUGCUUAUCUCGGCCAUCCUGGCGGUUCUCUAUAACAUCCCCAAAUUCUACGAGCUCGAGAGAAAGGUCAUGAAUGGCACCAAUGUGACCGUGGUUUCUGGAUCUGCUCUGCGAUCGAAUCCCAUCUAUGUCACGUAUUACAUAUUCUGGUCCAAAUUCAUCCUUAUCGAAGUGAUCCCCUACUUUAUCAUUCUCGUCCUUAACUCGCUCAUCAUUGGCAAGAUCUGGAAAUCCACACAAUUUCGAAAGCGCUUUGUGAAUUGUGAGAACGAAAUCGACCCCGACAUGACAUCACGGCAAAAGCGUGAGGCGAACCUAGGAGUGGUUCUCAUUUCCAUCUCGAUCCUCUUCAUUCUGUGCCAGUCCGUGAAGAUCAUUCCCGAUAUGUACGAAGUGGCAUUUUGCCGCUUGGGCAACAGCGAGCUCAUGCCCAAGUGUCCAGCCACGCCUUUGAUGGCCAGUUUGAUCGACAUCUCUCAUUUGCUUUUGGCCAUCAACUCCUCGGCAAACUUCAUCAUUUACACAUGGAGAGGACAAAAAUUUCGAGAAGUCCUCACCCAGACCUUCUGCUUCAGGAAGACCUCGAGACUGAACAACUACUCCACUACCACUAUCCAGAGGCUGGAUGGAAAUGGCAUAAGCAUGGCCACCGAGGUCACGAAUGCUGGCAACAGAAGCGAAUAUUUCAAUGUCAAUGGAGGCUCGCCCAUGUCGGGACCUCCAAGUCAUUCCGUAAACAACCCUCCCACGUGCGAAAUGAGGGAAUUGCCCCCAGCCAGUCAUCAGGGUGCCCAUGUACCGCUUUUAUCGGCCGAGAGAAAUCCAACCUGUGUGGUGUUGGCCAAUCCGAAGACGCUCAAACCUCCAGCCACUCGAAUUGCUCGACGGGAUGAGACAUUGGUUUGAGCGCCAAGACGUGGGAAGUGGUCAAGAGCCCUUGAACCAGACUUCUUCCUAACACAUUUGGGACGAUCAUUCUGGAGAAAAGAAGUGACAAAUGGCCGAGAAAGGAGUUGGAGGACCACUUUUUCUGGCGGUCCUCUUUCUUCAAGAGUUCGUGACAGCGAGAUAAGCAAACAGUGUCUCUACUUCCUACAAUCAAUUUAGAUCAACUCGAUCUAUUGUGUCAGGCCUUGUUGGGCAUGGUUAUUAGAAGCCAGCGAUGAACGUCAAGAAGUCGACAAUGGUUUCCUCGAGUAAAAGGUCUUAGAAACAAGCCUUGAGAAUUCUUGAGAAUUCAACCACUCCUCUCUGAUACACAGUACUUUAUGUACAUAGGAGAAGAAGGGAGAUGUGAUCCCGAAAACUUUGUCCAAAAUCCGGACCAAAUUGGAGAGUCACGGUCUUAGGUGAUUUGUAGGGAAAACAAGACUGGCUGACGACGAACUGAAAAUCUAACCUUGUUUACCCGGAAUUCUCUUACUCGUUCUCUCUGUCACUUGUCGUCAAUGUGAAAGUGUUCGUAUCAAUGGGGAUAUCAUUUGUAAAGAAGACACGAUCAACAAGAUCGAACAUCUUAAGUGGACCACAAUCUCACGUUUGAUCUGGGGGAAGGACUACUCUCAAAAAGGAGCCAGAAAUGUCCAAAAUAAAAUCGGAUCAAUUGGUGUUCAAAAGGAAUUCUUUGGAUUUGGAUACUUACAUCUUUGGCACCGUCGCUAAAUGGCAGGAACUGUACUGCCGUCUUUUGCUUCUGGCAAGCCCUUUAAUUAUCCAAGGCUCAAAUGAAUGCAGUGAGAACUUGCAGGAAGAAGUAGAACUCGAAACAAAAAGUCAUACACACACACACUUGGAGCCGCCCCGAAAUCCUAGAAGUGAGCCAUGGAACGUGUUUCUAGGGUUUUCCAGGAAAAUGCAGUCAGUCACUGAGUCCACUCACCUUUCAUGGCUGGCUUUGGAACCGGCAGUUUUGGGUCCUAUAUUUUUCUCUCGAGAAAGAAAGGAAGGCAAGCUCUUUAGGUCCAUAAGGCAACCUUUCAUAGGACACCAACAUCACAGCCAAGGAAUUAAGGCAAGAUUUAUUUUAGUGCUCCAUCCAGAACGCCCAGACGCACGUUCCUCUCACAUCCUCAGUACCUUUCACCCAAGAAGGACUUUCUUUACGUAUUUCAAAACCCUUUAAUCUCAAAUCACGAGAAAGAUCAACCCAUUACAGCCUGCAUUUCAGGCUUAAGAAAAUAAUACGGCCACUAUUACAUCGUUUUCUCCGUCGCAAGCCUGCUUCUUCCCCUGAACGGAUGACAUGAACUUCACAACGAAUCAGAUUCUGUUUUCGCUUUCUAUGCCAGUCCUACGUUUUUAAAUUUCUAAAAAAAGAACUGUGAUGAUCCCGUUUCCGAUGACUUGAAUGUAUUAUCCCAGUACCGUUAUGCUCCCCGCCCCGCGUUCGCCCCGCCCCCUACAUUACAUAUUGUGCUGUUCAAUAGAACGCCAAGGUAUUUCUGACUACACUCAAUAUCCUGGAUAACCAUGUAGAGGUCUGUAUUCGACUAAAUGCUGACCUCUAAUGUUGUUACCCAUGUGUGUAUUACCGUGUUGUUGUUUUUCACUGUGAUCCAUAUUAAACGCUAUGUACAGCGAAAUAGAGCGGAGUUUACCAGACAACUACGG